CACAAGCAGCCCAAGCCCAGCCUCGGAAGGAAGGAAGGGAGGAAGGAGAGGACGGAGAGGCAUCGCCACCGCCUCCACCUCCGGCGGCAAGCAUGGCUCUGGGGAACGGCUCUGGGGCUUCCCUCCCCGCCAACAGCUCGCACCAAGGCUCCUCCAGGAAUGGGUCCAUGGUGGAAAGGCCAACUCCGUACACCAACGUGAUUAUGCCUAGUUUGUUCGGCAUCAUUUGUUUCCUUGGCAUAGUUGGGAACCUGAUUGUGAUAUAUACCAUUAUCAAGAAAAAGAAACUGAGAUGCAAGCAGACCGUGCCUGAUAUCUUCAUUUUCAACCUCUCCAUUGUGGACCUGCUUUUCCUGCUGGGCAUGCCCUUCCUCAUCCAUCAGCUCCUUGGCAAUGGUGCUUGGUAUUUUGGGUCUCCUUUAUGCACCAUCAUCACUGCUCUGGACACCAACAGCCAAAUCACCAGUACUAAUAUCCUGACCGUCAUGACCCUAGACCGUUACCUGGCGACUGUCUACCCCCUCAAGUCCACUUACGUCCGGACACCGUAUGUGGCAGCCUUGGUGAUUGGUUUGGUUUGGCUCCUUUCUUUUCUUACCAUCAUCCCUGUGUGGAUGUAUGCAGGGCUGAUGCCUCUGGAAGAUGGGACUGUCCGGUGUGCUCUUCUGCUGCCCAACCCAGAGACUGAUAUCUACUGGUUCACCAUUUACCAGUUCAUGCUGGCUUUUGCUAUCCCACUGUUCAUUAUCUGUGUGGUCUACUUUAAGAUCCUUCAGCAUAUGGCCACCACAGUAGUGCCCUUACCCCAGAGGAGUCUCCGUGUCCGCACAAAGAAAGUCACCCGGAUGGCUGUUGCCAUCUGCUCUGCCUUCUUUAUUUGCUGGGCCCCUUUCUAUAUCCUUCAGCUGGCACAUCUUGGGAUAGAGACACCUUCUGUCGCUUUCUUCUAUGCUUACAACUUUGCUAUUAGCCUAGGCUAUGCCAACAGUUGCCUCAACCCUUUCCUCUAUAUUGCCCUGAGUGAGACUUUCAAGCGUCAUUUCAUGGUGGCCAUUCGUCCAACCAAGGAGCAGUUUCGGGUCAACAAUAACAACCACAGUACAACAGAGGCCAGUAUGUGCUUGAAGCUUGCACCAGAAUCCACCCAACAGACCCAGUUUUUGGAGGACUUUUCUCCACAUGCCUUGCCUGUGGCAGUUGCUGUACGUUAGGUGGCCUUUCUGCAGGUUUGAUAGUUUGCUGUUACAAGGCCAUGGAAUAUGUUUCUGCCUCAAACUCCCACUAUACACAAUGGAUGAUCAAAACCAACAAAUACUCCUAGUAUGCAAGAUGUGGUGUCAAUGUGUAAUCUAUACACAUUUAGCAAUUGCUUCUUCAGAGAGAUGAUGAAAGAUGGAAAGCACUGCUGACUAUGCAGAGAAUCAGAGAGUGCAACACAGUUUAUAAGAAACCCAAGGAUGUGCCAGCAGAUAUGCCAAAGCCAUGCACAUUGUCAAAACAACCAUCAGAUAAAGCAACAUAAAAAUGAUGGGAAAACUUGGAAAGGCAGCAUCACAACUUCUAAUGAGUAAAGUAAAAUGUGUCUAAAACAGAAUAACAUUCCUGCUACAACAGAACACCAAAACUUGUGUGCAAUAUUUGCAGAUGUGUCAGGCCAUGAAUGUGGCAUAAUCAGGGACAAUCAUAUAAUAAAAGUCAUUAAGGACUAGCGAAAGAGUAUCAGUAGUUUUCUAAAGUCACACACUGAAGUAUUUAUGGCAAAUCUUCAAUACUCUCUCUCUAGCACUCUUUUUAUGAACAUCUGGGGCUGCUACUCAAUCAGGACAUCUUUUCCAACCAACGAGCAGAAUUUGAACUGCAGCCCUUUAUUUUGGGCUACAACUCUCACAAUCCCCAAUGUGCUUGUUAUGCUCCAAAAAGGAUUCCUUCCACUAAUCUCUUGCAAGAAAAUAUCAGCUGUAUGUUAUAUGCUCUGAGCUUGUAUGCUCUUUUUCACAUCUUUCUCACACACAGGAUUUGAGGUGACAACCUAAGUGAAAUAUCAUGGUCCACAUUUGUUGACAGGCCCAGUGGGAGAAAUGGUUGGCGCCACUUGGCCCGAUUAAACACGAGCACACUUGAAAUAGGUCCCAACUGCAGAGGUAUAACCUAGCAUGAGGCCAGACCCAAAGACUGGAUGACCCAUCUACAAGCAAUGGAAGCCACUUCACCCAGCCCAACUGCUGACUAAAGCUGGGAUAACAGAAAUGGGAUUCUGCAUGAAGAGGAGCCACAGUAUGAUUCCCCUGUAGCUGAGGAGUGAGACAAAACCAAGAGCUUUGCAUGUGGUGUGAGCCUGGUUGCUUGUACCAGUUAUACCUGAAGCUGAAUAUGAUGGCAACGCAGACACCAAAUUUCUGAAACUGGGUCCAGUCUCUUUGCUCUAACUGCCAAAGUUGCGCCAAUUUAACAUAUAACACUAACUAACCACAUGGAGCUGAUUUUGAAGAAGAUACAAAGUAUUGCAGACAGAUUGUUAACUGGAGCUGUUUACAAGGAUUGUACAAAUCCUCAGCUUCAACAGCUCCACAGGCUGCUGGUCUCUUUCUUGGUAAACUGCUCAGCCUUGGAAGGUUUAGGACCAGCCGGUCUGACAGGCUGUAUCUUCUGAUAUGAGCCUGUCCAGACCUAAAUAUCCUCAGUAGAGUCUCUUUCAUGCCUACCAUUUUGAUGGACACAAUGCAUAACAGGGGCUUCUUGGUGGCUGCCCCUCAGUCCCAGAGCUCCUUUCCUAGAGAGGCUAGAAUGGCCCCCUCCUGGCUGUCCAUCCUUCAACAGGCAAAGACUUUUUCUAUAUUCUGAAAAGCUUCUGGGAACUGAAAGUUUGUAAAGAAAGGGCUUUUAAUACGGUGCUGUACUGUAUUAAUUGUACUACAUUUUGAUUGUGUGUUUUAAAUUGUUUCUAGUAUUGUUAACUGUUUAAUUCCAUUUUAAUUGUGAUUUUUAAAAUAUGCUUUAACUAUAUAUACCAUUUGCUUUUUUUGUAAGCUGCCUUGAAUCUGGGUUUAUGACAACAAAGAUGGGGUAUAAAUACAGAUAAUCUUUAACCUUACCAGCACCACUACCAUUAAAGCAUAUCAUAUGGCCAGAAUAUAUAUAUAGUGCAUGCUGCACAGAAAUAGACCCAAACAACUUCAAUCAGAAAGAUCAGUGGCAAGCUGCUCCAAAACUAACUGACAUCAACUCAAAGAAUUCCUGGCCUCUGGCAUAGCGGAAUGGAGCUUUUGGGAGUUGAAGAGCCUGGAGGAGCAAAGUUUGGGAAUCACUGCUAUAGAGAAAGGGAGAAUAAGCAGAAGGAAACAGCAGAUGAAAUCGUUGAUAAUAUAUUAGGUCCCAAAUUUUACUGUGGCCUUUGUUUUCAGAUGAGCAUUUUAAAGAGUGCACCCGGCGUAGUGUCUUCUGUCUCCUGCAGAAGUUUGGGAAAUGUAACUUGGGAAGGCGAGGACCCCUCUAGCUGAGAUUUCCAAAGCCCCCAUCCUAAACCACAGAAUUCUGCAGGAGGCAAAAGACACUAAGAAUGUGGAGGAACCCACUUUAAACCAUUCGUCUGAUGAAGCCUUUAAGGCAACACACUGUUUGGGUUGAAACAUGUGGAUUUAUAUAGUUGAGCUCAUAGAGCCAGUGUGAUAUAGCAGUUUGGGCGUUGGAGUACAACUUGGAGACUAAGGUUCAAAUCCCCAUUUUGCCAUGGAAACCCACUGUGGCAAGUCACACUCUUUCAUUCUAGGAGGACAGCAAUGGCAAAUCUCUUCUGAUCACACCUUGCCAAGAAAACAUUGUGAUGGGUUCACCUUAGGCUCUCCAUAAGGAUAAACUGAGGAAAAAAAGUUGAGUGUGCCACCUUCAACAUACUGUGUAUGGAUGCGAUACAGAUGUCAUUGAGAACAAACUGAAGUUCAAAAACUGUCAAGUGAAGCUGUUUACAACAUGGAGAUAAACAUGUGUAAAAUCUUAAAUGAUAAAGCUCAAGCAGCUUUUACAAGCACAGGAGCAACAGUUGCUAAAAAUGGUCAGCCAAUGUCUAAUACUAAGUUUGUUAUUGGUGUUUGGCUUCAAGCCAACAUGGACUUAUGUUGACUCUAUCGUAAGGUCUUCUUGGCCAGAUGUAAUAAGGGAAGGUUUGUUCUUGCCUUGCUCUUUGGCUGAAAGGGUGUGACUUGCCUAACUGGGUGUGCAUACUUAUUCUGGUGGUUACUAGGACAAGUGGAAGAUUAAGAUUAGUCUGGUUUAAUAGAAAUGGUCAUCAUGUUGACUACUGAUUCAUUGCUACAAAAAAAAAAACACAUCAAUGUACCCUUUUCCCUUUAGUACUCAUCCCUACCCUCCAGUUGUUUCAGAUCAAAUUGUAGUCAGUUAAGGAACCUGAGAAACAACUUUGCCAUACAUCCCAGAGUAGGUGUCACAAAGCCUCAAAUUGUUUGGGGAGAUUGAUCUGUCAAAACUGGACCACCAAGACUACUCUGUACUUGCCUCUCCUCAGGAAUGAUAAAAAAAUAACCUAAGUGGUUGUCAUUUUGCCUCUGCUUAGAAGGUACUCUGUUUGUUAUCUGCUCCAGUUGGAGGAUGAAGAUUAUUUUAAUGCAACACAUUUUGUUUUGUUAAAAUAUACUUGCAUUGGUCAAUAUUUGUAAUGACCUGCUUGCUAGUGUUGAACCUCGCACCUUAAAAACUAUUCCAAAGUGUCUGAGUUUUAUAAAGAAAGUUGGAUUUGGGAAAUGUUUCAUUGCUUUCUCUUUACUAUGGAUGCAAGUGCCAAAUCUGAUGCGCAUAACUCAACCAAGACAGUCACAACAGACCAAAACCAGCUGUUUUACAAUCAAAGUGUCAUCUAGCAUUCAUUGCCACCUCCUGAGAUGACGAUUGGAUGCGACUUUUUAGAAACUUGAUUUGGAGAGCUGUGCAAGUAAUUACUUGCAACCUCUUUUUCUGUUUGAACAGAAUUCAGGGAAGAUGUAAACUGAAAAGAAAGAAAAAAGAAUAGUGUGCAUUUCAUGUAAAAUGUGUUCAUUGUUAUUUGCCGAUGUAAAUAUAAAUGAAAAUGGGAACUGAAAUGAUUGGGUCAUGAUUGGAAAAUUGUGUUUUUAUUCUAUGUUGUUCUUUUGAGAGACUUCCAAAUAC